CGUCUCCUGCCCUGUCAAUGACUUCAUUUCGGAGCGGAGCUGAAACCGCGAGGGCUGGGAGCAGUGUGAUCAGGAGUGAAGUAAAACACCAUGGGGGUUAUGUGCUGCAAGUGACAGCUGGAGCUUCAUGAAACGUCUGAAGACUUGUGCCCCGUUUUUUGCAUUUUUUCCCCAGUUGGCUAGACCGGUAAUUUUAUUCAUAUCAGUAUAUUCUGAGAGGAGCGGCACCUUGUUGGCUGGUUGCUGUAAAGUUAGCUUUUAAGUUAUUUCCAGUUCAGACGAGUUCACAAGUAGAGGAAACGAGGCAGGAUGUACCAUGAAGAAACUGCAUCUUUACCAAAGCCACGCUAUGGAACCAUCCAGGAUGACGAGAGGCUGUCGGCGGAGGAGAUGGACGAGAGGAGACGACAGAACAUCGCCUACGAGUACCUGUGUCACCUAGAGGAGGCCAAACAGUGGAUAGAGGCCUGCCUAGAAGAGGACUUGCCCUCUACCAUAGAACUGGAGGAGGGACUGAGGAACGGCGUCUAUCUUGGCAAACUUGCCAACUUUUUUGCCCCCAAAAUGGUGUCUGAGAAAAGGAUCUAUGACCGAGAUCAGUCCCGUUAUAAGAGCAAAGGGCUGCACUUCAGACACACCGACAACACAGUGCAGUGGCUCAGAGCCAUGGAGUCGGUGGGCCUCCCCAAGAUAUUCUAUCCUGAAACGACAGAUGUGUAUGAUCGCAAGAACAUGCCCAAGGUGGUAUACUGCAUACAUGCACUGAGCUUGUACCUGUACAAACUGGGCAUUGCCCCGCAGAUCCAGGACCUCCUUGGUAAAGUGGCCUUUACAGAGGAAGAGAUCAGUAACAUGAGGAUUGAGCUGGAGAAGUAUGGCAUUCAAAUGCCAGCAUUUAGUAAGAUUGGAGGUAUCCUGGCCAAUGAGCUCUCAGUGGAUGAAGCUGCCCUGCACGCUGCCGUGAUUGCCAUCAAUGAAGCAGUUGACAAAGGUCAGGCAUCUGUUACAAUGGGAGCCUUGAAUAACCCUAAUGCAAUGCUGAAGAAGACCCAGGAAGCUCUGGCCCAAGACUACCAGGAUACACUGAGCCAGGCCAAGGCUCGUAAGCAGGAUCAGUCCUCAGGAAGGCGUGCCUCUGUUGCUACGGAAGAAAGAGAUGUUUAUGAGGAGCUGCUAACUCAGCAGGAGAUCCAGGGCUGCAUUUACCUAGUCAAUAUUGAGGCAGCAGUAAAGCAGGUGAAUCAGGCAGUGGUGACCCAGGAUGAGGCUGCUCUGCUGGUGGCAUUGAGGCUUGAAGCUCUGGCCCUGGUUGGUGUUCAGGAGUCAAACCACCAGUGGUACCUGGAACAUUUUACCAACUACUGCCAAUAUAAAUCCAAGGAUGGAGGGAAGGCUGUGGUGGCGGACAAAGAGGAGAUCCAAAAAGUCGUCAGCUCUUGUAAUGACUUUGCUGAAGCAGAAAAACGAAAGCUUGAAGCUGUUGCAGCGAUUAAUAAAGCCAUUUGUCUUGGGAAUGCACUGGAGACAGUGGAGAAGCUGAUGAACCCUGAGGCUCAGUUGCCAAUUGUCUACCAAACUGCUGCCAACCUCUAUCAGACUGAGCUUUUCAGUUUGCAGCUACAAGGGGGGCGGUCUGGACUGAGCCAUGAGGAGCUGAGUGUGGCUGUGGAGAUGCUGUCAGCUGUCGCAGUGUUGAAUGAGGUGCUGGACACCAAAGACCCCCAGGCUGUGAUAGAGCAACUAACAGACUCUCCUCUGGGCUUCACCAACAUGGACCCAGACAACCUCAACAGGUAUGCUGAUACUCUUAUUAGACAGAGAGUUGAGACUCUCGCCAAAGGCCAAGAGUUUCUGACUUGGAAUGAUGUUCAGAAGUGUAUCGACACAGUCAACGUUCAGGUCCAGGAAGAACAUGAACGCAUCAUAGCUAUAGCGGAGAUCAAUGAGGCGCUUAACUCAGGUGAUCACCAGCAGACACUCGCAGCCCUAUGCCUCCCUACAGCCAAGUUGACGGGGGUGAACUCAGGCACAGCCAAACACUAUCAUGAUGUCCUGCUACAUACCAAGCAACUUCUCUGCCAGAAUUCUGGAGAUGAGUCUGCAGUACUGUGGCUGGACCAAAUCCAAGAGGCCAUACUCGCAGCCAACCAGGAUGAGGAAGAGGCUCUCAUGUUGGCUGCAGCAGUAGCUGAUAUUAACAAAAAGGUGGCUGAGGGGGACUCCCAGAAUACACUGCAGGCCUUACAGGCCCCCAGUGCAGGACUGAGGGCCGUGCUCCCUGAAUGUGCUGAAGCCUACCAGGCUGACCUGGCACAGAGACAAACGAACAUGGUUCCUGAAGACAGCACAGAUAGUCUGUGGGUAAAACACUGCAUCAAGGACAGAUAUGCCUAUUACUAUAAUCUGGAGACUGGACAGGGCACCUGGGAGGAACCUGAAGGGUUUGAACACAGUGGUGGCCAGCUCACUAAAGAGGAAAUCCAGAGUGUUGUGAGCUGUGUGACUGCAGAAUACAACAGGGAGCAGUUAUGGUUGGCCAAUGAGACCUUUGUGACCCAGCUGCAGGCAAGGGCCAGAGGUUUCCUGGUCAGGAAGAGGCAUGCCCAGAGAAUGGAGUAUCUCCGCCAGCAGGAGCCAUAUGUUGUCAAACUGCAGGCUUGCUUUAGAGGUUAUAAACAAAGGAAAAUUUACAAAGCCAGGAUGAAUUUGCUUCAGAAAAAUGUUGCUUCUAUUGUUAAGAUCCAGUCCCUGGUGAAAAUGUGGAAAGCCAAGCGUGAAUAUAGUCAGAGGUUGCAGUACUUCAAGGAUCAUGAAAAAGAGAUUGUGAAAAUCCAGGCUUUUCUGAAAGCCAACAAAGCCAGAGAUGACUACAGAACCCUAACGGGAGCCAAGGACCCUCCUCUGUCUGUGGUGCGUAAGUUUGUUCACUUGCUGGAGCAGAGCCCCCUGGAUCUGCAGGAAGAGCAGGAAGUGACACGCCUCAGGGAAGAAGUGGUCACCAAGAUUCGCUCCAAUCAACAGAUGGAGAAAGACCUAAAUCUGAUGGACAUAAAGAUUGGGCUGCUGGUGAAGAACAGGAUCACCCUGCAGGAUGUAGUGUCUCAUAGUAAGAAAAUGAAGAACAAGAAAAAUAAGGCGAGUAAAGAUGACCUGACUACAGGAGAGAGACUGGGUAUCAAAGGCCUAAGUAAAGGCAAAAGAAGGAAACUGGAGGCCUACCAACAUCUGUUUUACCUGCUACAGACCAAUCCAUCCUACCUGGCCAAGCUGAUCUUCCAGAUGCCCCAAAACAAGUCCACUAAGUUUAUGGACACUGUGAUCUUCACCUUAUACAACUAUGCAUCUAACCAGAGAGAGGAAUACCUGCUGCUCAAACUCUUCAAAACUGCUCUGGAAGAGGAAAUCAAUUCUAAGGUAGACCAGAUCCAGGACAUAGUGACAGGGAACCCAACGGUCAUCAAGAUGGUGGUGAGCUUCAACAGAGGUGCACGAGGCCACAACACACUGAGGCAGCUGCUGGCUCCGGUGGUCAAAGACAUCAUUGAGGACAAGAAUAUAAGCAUCAACACCAACCCUGUGGAUGUGUAUAAAGCCUGGGUCAACCAGCUGGAGACGGCUACUGGGGAGGCCAGUAAGCUGCCUUAUGAAGUGACUCCCGAACAGGCCAUAUCACAUGAGGAGGUACGACACAGGCUGGAGGCAUCUAGUCAGGCAUUACGGUCCGCUACAGAUAAGGUCCUAAACUCCAUUGUCUCCUCACUGGAUAAUAUCCCUUAUGGCAUGAGAUACAUAGCAAAGGUUCUGAAGAGCAGCCUCCAUGAGAAGUUUCCAGAUGCAUCAGAAGAUGAGCUGAUGAAGAUUGUAGGAAACCUGCUGUACUACCGCUACAUGAACCCAGCCAUCGUGGCUCCCGACGGCUUCGACAUCAUUGACAUGUCAGCAGGAGGGCAGCUUCACAUAGACCAACGUCGUAACCUGGGAUCCGUUGCAAAGAUGCUGCAGCAUGCUGCUGCCAAUAAACUGUUUGAGGGCGAGAAUGCACACAUGACUCCAAUGAACAACUACAUAUCUCAGACAUAUGAGAAGUUUAGGGUAUUUUUCCAGUCAGCAUGUGAUGUCCCUGAACCUGAGGAGAAGUUUAAUAUCGAUGAAUAUUCAGACAUGGUGACCCUGAGCAAACCUAUCAUCUACAUCUCAAUAGAGGAGAUCAUCAACACACAUUCGCUGCUUUUGGAACAUCUGGAGGCCAUCUCUCCAGACCACAAUGACUUGCUGCAUGAACUGCUGCAGGACCUGGGAGACGUCCCUGAUGUAGAGGCAUUGCUUGGUGAAGGAGCAGUAGACCCAAGUGACCCAAACAGAGAGAGCGCUCUGAGCCAGCUGGUGAAGACAGAGAUCUCCCUCACACUAACCAGCAAGUUUGAGCUGCUGGAGGGAGAUGACAAAGACUUGAAAACUCUCAUGACAAAGACAAAAAAGCUUAUUGUGGAUGUGGUUCGGAUUCAACCUGGAGAGUCUCUGCCUGAAAUUCUUGAUACACCAGCUAGUGCACCACAGGAGUUGGAGCAUACAAAGAUUGUCGAGCGCCGGGCAGUCCAGGAUGCUCAGACACCAGAGGGCCUGAAGAGCAGUCCGGCGGUGCUGGAGGACAGCCAGCUGCCUCUAGAGCAGAAGAAGAGGAAGAUCCAGAGAAACCUUCGUAACCUGGAGCAGGCUGGCCUGGUCACUGCUAGUAACAAAUACCAGGACAUCAUCAAUGACGUAUCAAAGGACAUUCGCUACCAAAGACGCUACAGACAGAGGAGGAAGGCAGAGCUUGUGAAGCUCCAGCAGACCCUGACAGCGCUCAACUCAAAAACCGCCUUCUACCAAGAGCAGAUGAACUAUUAUGAUACUUAUAUCAAGACCUGUCUGGAUAACCUCAACCGGAAGAAUUCACGCAGAUCUAUAAAACUGGACCGCAAAGGAGAUGAUAAGAGCAGUAAGAAGUCGAAGUCACAGUCUUUGAAGUACACUGCAGCAAGGCUGCAUGAGAAGGGAGUCAUCCUGGAGAUAGAAGGACUUCAGACCAACCAGUUCAAGAAUGUAAUGUUUGACAUCUCACCUGCUGAGGAAGUUGGGGAUUUUGAGGUGAAAGCCAAGUUUAUGGGAGUUGAGAUGGAAAAAGUCCAGCUUCACUUCCAGGACCUCCUUCAGCUGCAGUAUGAAGGCGUGGCUGUCAUGAAGAUGUUCGACAGAGCCAAAGUGAACGUCAAUUUGCUCAUUUUCCUCCUAAACAAAAAAUUCUAUGGAAAAUAAGAACAAGAGGAAACAGACUGUGCCUUCUGACAGUACAGAGUUUGUUGAACAAAAUUAAUUCAGUCAAAGUAAUCAUUUGAUGCAUCACUUAAAAUAAAAUGUUACUGUCCCGUUAAAUAUAUCUGUUCUGUUUUCCAUGUGAUGAUUGUAAAUGUAAUGUAUUUUUAAAGAAUUAAAUUGUAAUGUUUUCACUGUUUUGUAUGUGAAAGAUAAUAGGAAACACACUUGUUGAUAUUGUGUACAUUGAAAAAGCUUUAAGGGUUUGGGGACAACAGCACUGUGUAUCCACUGCUCAGCUAGGCUGCAUGGCCAUAUGAAAUACGUUUACCAGUGCCUGAAUAAGUUUAAAGACACUUGUUUUAAUUAAUAAAACAUUUAAAAACUUUUAAAAGCUACAGAUAUAUUUUAAUGUAUUAUCAGUAUAUGAGAUUCAUAAUUCUUGAACGGUGUGCAUAAUAAAUUUCACAUGUCC